AUGCGGACGUACACGGCCAUUGCAGCAGGAUUGCUGCUUGCGAAUAGCGCAGUGUCCUUAUCUGUGCCAUGGCGUUUCACAACACCAAAGCCCCGACACAAUCCUUUCCUAGGCAAGAGAGAUUCGUUGGAGGGAUACGACUAUGUGGUCGUCGGUAGUGGACCGGGUGGCGGUCCUACCGCUGCCAAUCUCGCCAUCGCCGGGUUCAAGGUUCUCCUCAUCGACGCUGGUGGUGACCAAGGAACAGAGUUGAUCGAGGAAGUUCCCGCCUUGAACCUCGCCUCGACUGCUUAUGCCGAGACUGAAUGGGCUUUCUACGUUUGGCACCACCCAACUCUGGAGGAGCAGGCUCAGGACACGAAAAUGACCUACCUGCUACCGGAUGGAACUGAAUAUACUGGAUUGAACCCUCCCGAGGAUGCCGAGCCUCUAGGUAUUUUGUACCCCAGAUCCGGCACUCUGGGUGGAUGCUCUCGACACAAUGCUCUUGUCACCAUUCAGGCAUUCGAUAGUGACUGGGAUGGCAUCGCCGAGCUCACUGGAGACGACACUUGGAAGGCGGCCCAUAUGAGGACGUACUGGCAGAAGAUCGAGAAGAACCACUACAUCCCAUCCAGCAUUAUCGGACAUGGUUUCAGCGGAUGGUACGACACGUCGUUGACCUCGCUGAUUACCGCCGUCAAGGAUCUGAAGCUCGUAUCGCUCAUUGCUGCAUCGGCCACCGCCAUGGGUCAGACCGUUCUGACUGCUCUUCUGACCACUGUCACGGGUCUGGCGGGCGUCUUGCUGACCGAUAUCAACGCUCCUGGUCAACUGAAGAUUCAGGGAGUAUACCAGAUUCCUCUGGCCAUGCGGGACAGCAAGCGCGGCGGUGCCAGAGAUCACAUUAUUGACACUGCCAACGCUGUUAACGCCGACGGCUCGCGCAAGUACCAACUGGACAUUAAGCUUGAUACCUUGGUGACCAAAAUUAUCUUUGACGAGAGCGGUGACGUGCCCGUGGCUACUGGUGUUGAGUUCCUAGAGGGUAAAAGUCUGUACCGUGCCGAUCGCAGAAGUUCGACUGCAAGCCCGACUGGCAACGGUACAGUCACUGUCAACCGCGAGGUUAUCAUUGCUGGCGGCGUUUACAACACCCCCCAGCUGCUAAAGCUGAGCGGAGUUGGGCCAAAGGACGAGCUCGAGAAGUGGGACAUUCCUGUCGUGGUUGAUCUUCCUGGUGUUGGCCUCAACCUCCAGGACCGAUACGAACAGACUCUCAUUGGCGAGACGCCUUCCAACUUUUCUCUCAUUGACGGAUGCACAUUCAUGACCACUGAGGACGACCCUUGCCUCACGACUUACCUCGAGAACGAUGAUCAGACUGCCAAGGGUGUAUAUGCCUCAAACGGUAUUGCUUUGGGUAUCAUCAAGAAGUCCAGCGCCGCCGAGACCGACGACCCCGACCUGAUCAUCACUGGUGGCCCCGCUAACUUUCCCGGUUACUACCCUGGCUGGAGCGAGGAGGCUCUCAAGGAUCACGUGCAUUGGUCCUGGAUCGUUCUCAAGGCCCACAGCCGCAACAAUGCCGGCAACAUUACUCUCAAGUCGACCGACCCGCGGGACAUGCCCGUCAUCAACUUCAACUCAUUCCAGGUCGGCGGCGACGAGGACCUGCAGGCCGUGGCCGAGGGUCUCGAGUUUGGUCGUCGCGCCUUCAAGGACGUGAUUCCCCUCGAUGGCGGCUUCACUGAGGUUUGGCCUACGGAGGAGACGGCAUCCACCACGGAAGAGCUCAAGGAGUACGCCCGUCGUGAAGCCUGGGGUCACCACGCCUCUUGCUCGUGCCCCAUUGGCGCCGACGACGACGUCAAUGCGGUCCUGGAUACCAACCUCAAGGUCCGCGGCACCAAGAACCUUCGUGUUGUAGAUGCCAGCGUCUUUCCCAAGAUCCCUGGCUUCUAUAUCGCGCAGCCCCUGCACCUUGUUGCUGAGAAGGCCAGCGAUGUUAUUAUUCAGGAAGCCAAUGCUUCGGCAUAA